CUUGGCCUGCAGGAGCGAUAUAGCUGGAGCUGUCACUCACUCUUCCUCACCGAGAACCUUUAAAAAAGGAGAAAAAAAGCAAAUAAAAGACGAAUGCGUAACAAAAAAAAGAAAAGAAUAAAUGGCAAAAAAAAGUUUUAAAACUGCUACAGAUGUUGAACAUAUAAACUCAAGACUUCUUUUUCUUUCAAAAAAAGAGAGAAAAGACUGAGGGGGGAAAUACAAUCAGCUAGACGGGAGGUCUAAAUUAUGCAUGAACAUAGUUUUUUUUUCUGCAAGUUUUAUUUUUUGUCUUUUUUGGAAGGUGAAUACCUUUUUGUCAUGUAAAAAAACAGGUUAUACAAGGAUUUGUACUUAUGAGGAAAAAAAAUAUUUGAGAGAAAAAAUGUUAAAAAGAAGAAAAAAAAGUGUAAAAAAACAAAAAGACGAGUUUCAUAUGAAUUUGUACUUGAUACAAGAUUACAAGACACACUAUUUGGAUGCCCACACUUAACUCUUGUGACUUGACGAGUGCAGGCUUCUGAUCAAUUGCCAACUUCUCAUCAUCAGCAGCAUGUUUCACCUGUUGAUACGUGGCCCUGUGUGUUUAUAAACGGCCGUGUGUGUGUGCGUGUGUGAGCGCGUGCGUGUGCACGCGCAUGUGAGCGCGUUUGUUGUUAAGUUGGAGUGUUUGUGUGACAGUAUGCGGUGGGAUACUCAAACCAAGCGUCUGUUUCACACAUAAAUACACAACUUUUACUCAAACAUACUCUCUCACACACACACAGCCACAUGUGGAGUCCUCAUGAUUUAAUGUAGUGAGCCCAGAACUGUACAGUGAUGGUCAAGGACGUAAAAGAUGGUUCCUUUAAUGUCUUUUCGAUGAGUGUAAACGAUUAAUCACUUCUCAUUUCAGAAUACUGUACAAAGGUGUGUACAAGGAAUUGUGUGUGUGUGUGUGUGUGUGUGUGUGUGUUUGUGUGUGUGUGUGUUUGUGUGUGUGUGUGUGUGUGUGUGCGCGCGCGUGUGCGUGCGUGUGUGUGCGAGAGAGAGAAAUUUGUGACGAGAAAUAAGGGGUGUGGUCAUAGGAGUGGUUAUUUUUUCCCCUUGUCAACUUAGCAUUUACUCAAGUUAUUUGUUAUUAAUUUACUUUUUUUCGGAUUUAUUUUUAUAUAUGAGAAUGAUUUAUCAAUUGCAUAUAAGAAAUGAAAGAUGGGACCCAUGUGCUCAUGUGUGUCAUGUCAUGUAGUAAGGUAGAUGGUUGGAUUGUUGGAUGCUGAAUGCAAGGAGGUGUGGGAAGUGAGGCUAUGCCCAGGGGAGUCAUUUGUGCAGGCACUUGAAGGUGAUUGGACAAGAACCAUCGGAAACUGAGCUGUGAUUGGAGUCCUGUGCUGUCAGUGUUUGCCCACUAGGUGGUGCUCUGUCUCUGGGCAUGUUCUGAUCCAGUGCUCAUAUUUGGCCCCUUUACUCCCCUGGCGAAAAAGAAGAAAGUUGAAAGAACUGCUUAUAUGUUUGAGGCUCACUAUUUUGUUUUUCCUUUCAGUGACCAAGUUACGUUUAAAAAAAGAAAGACAAACACAAGAAUGAGACUGUUUCUAUGUUUGAGAAAAAAAGGAAAGCGAGUUGUAUUUAACUUUGUGGCUGGUCUACUUAAAAAGGGAGCUUUUUUUUUUUUUUUUAAAGAAAAAAAUGUCAUGCAGAGAAAGAAAUCUUGUCUUCUCUAAAUUGUAAUGCAAUUCAUCUAUUAACCUUAGAGCGGGUGUUGUAAGUGUGAGAGAGAAGCUUUGGGAGGGGAAAAAGUGUUGAUAGAUAUGACAAUAUGACACCAUUCAUUGUACAAUUUGUUGACACCAGGUUAUUUGUGUGCGUUUCUCUCGACAGCGUGUGAAAUAAUUCCUGCUUAAGCCUUAUGCACACACGUGUACACCUUCAACACUGUUCUGGUUGCUCUGAGUACAAUCAGUGGUAUACUGUGAGCAAAACCAAACUCGAUAAUCCAGAAAUUACCAAAAAGAAGAAAAAAAAUAAAAUAAAAAAGAGGAAAGACUUUCUUUAUUUCAGUCCCUAAAGAGUUUUGGCUGAAACCCUGUCCCAUUUUACCCAGCCCUACUGCAUCCAUGCCACACGGAGGGAACAAGACCGCACUCGACUCGUGCCAUUCAGAAACUCUAACUAUAUCUGUGAGUGCAUAGUUUAUCAGAACUGUAUCUGUGACAAACUACUUAAAUCCAUGCAAUAACAAAAUAACCACAGCACAAUGAUCCAACAGGUGAUACAUUUACUGUCCUCUGUAUAGUAUUCAGGAUUUUAUGACAAGGGGGUGUCGAGCUUUUUUGUAUUCCAUAGGCUACAGUUUGAGGGGGAAUGGAAACAUUAUAUACUCUUAUCUACUAAGGUUUAUACUUAAUGUCAGUUAGCCUGUGGUUGCCUCGUAACAUUAUUUCAAGCAUAUAAUACUCUGUAUGCUUAAAAAAAAAAACCUUAAAAGUUGAGAGAACUGACAGCUGACUAGAAAUGUCUCCUACUUGGCUUUGAGGCUGUUGUCUUCUUUAGAGGCGUAUGCUUCAUAGGUAGCACUACAUGAGUAGGCUUCCAGCAGUUUAACUUAGGAUGGCCUUUCUGACAACAUUUUUUAAAAAGAAGAUGCAGAACUGCAAGUGAUCUCUGUACCAUUCCCUCCUUUUGGUGGGAGGCAGGCAAUUUUCAAGUUUCCCAGCAGGUCUUUGUUUUUUGAAGCUUUGUUGAGGCUUUCGUGUCAUUCCUUUACCAUCCUCUCAGUGUGUGCUAUGUUGAAAUCGAGCCAGGCCUGGGUCCUAUACUUUGAAGCUGGUUCAGGAGUAAACCAGGUUAAGUUAAGAGGUAAAUCACCUAAUAGAAGAGCCUGGAGUCCUCAAAAUCCAGGCUCUUCUAUUAGAUGAUUUACGUCUGAACUUAACCUGGUUUACUCCUGAACCAGCUUCUUGGUAUAGGCCCCUGGGACACAGUUGUGUCUGUGGUGCUAGAGACCUUGCGUCGGCCUGCUGUGUGUGCUAUAGGCUGCCUGUAACAGUUUGUUACUAGGCAAACUGCAGGAGUUAAUGGCUAUUCCAAGAAGCUGGUUAUGUGAUAAACCUGGCUAAGCUGACCUUCAGGAAGUGGCAAUCCUUUUAAUUGAUGGCACACGUGUCAAUUUAGUAAGAAAAUGAGGACUCCAGGCUUUUGUGUGAGAUGAUUUACCACUACCUCAAGGUUAACUUAACCUGGUUUACUACCGUGCCAUGUUCUUGAAAUCCUCCUCUGCAGGAGUUGGUCAGUGUAGGCUUGUUUAGCUGGUCGGUCAGUCAACACCCUUGCCAGUUUGUGGUGAGUGGGCCUCAAAAUUACACCCCGUUUUGUUGUAUCCAUCAGGUGCAAACCUAGUCAUUAUAAUGAAUCUCACUUUCACAGCCCUCAUCUCAUUUGUACGUGCAAAACUACCUUUUUUUUUUUUUUUAAGUUUUGUUUUGCUUUGCUUUGUUUUUGUUUUCCUAACCUCCAUGUGUCAGAGGUUGAGUGGUGACAAACAUUGCCGUGCACACUUGGUUUCUGUCUGUGCUAAGUCAAGCCACCGUGCAUAACAUAUUCCCUUACUUUGUCCCUGGAACUGAAUGUAAUAAGUUUGAUCAUUAUUCACAUAGGGACUUUUAAUAGUAUUAUUGCUGCUAUCAGAUUUUGCCCAUGAACUAGAGUUUGAAGAAGAAGAAGAAGAAAAAAGUUCCCCAAAUGGGUACAAUGAACGCAAUGCUGAUUUGAAAAUUGUGGUACAGUUCUAAUCAAUGUGAAUGUUGUAUAUGUCAAAACUGGCUUUUUUCUUUGGUCUCUGAAUUGUAUCAGCCCAAGGAAACAUGCAUUCUGUUAAUGAGGUGCACACAGGUUAAUUAUUUUAGGUGUCUCUCAGUUUUCGCACAAGACUGAAUCCAAAUUUGUGGGAUCCUUUCCAUUUAUAUUUUGACCCAGUCUAAUUUACAAUUCAAAGUAUAUUUAUUAUUCAAUAUUUGGGAACAGCUUAAAUGCUCCUCUACUGCUACAAUUGUUUGUGUUAUUCUUGUUUUCAGACUUAAUAUUCCUGUUCAGAUGUAUCAUUGUUCCUGUCGUAUUUUUGAGGAUACAAAUAUCUUUUGCAUACUAUUUUUUGUGAGAAUUUAAAACUUAAAAAUAAAAAACUUAAAAAAAUAUAUAAAACAUUUGAUUUAAGUGUCCAGCCCUUAAGGAUUCAGGGCUACAAUCAGAAGGAAGGUGUAUAUUAUACAAUAAUAAAAUGCACUUUAAUAUCAAAUGACUUGGGUUUCUUUUUUUUCUUACGUGGUAAAUGAUUUUGGGUAGCUCUGAAUUCUCUUGGCGCGCGCGUGGACUUGUGGAGUCCUCGAGCCGAGUUUUAUUUGGUGAUGUCAAAGUUCUGAUGCACGAGGACGGAGGUGCGAGAUGAGAGAAGAUGAGGCUGAGGCGUGCCUGAUAUGAGCAGAUGAUGCGGCGGGCUGCCUACACGCUUCAGUUUCCGCAUUCAAGGGAGAGAAGUCGAGCGGGACUAGGACACACUGCGAAUGGGGCUGAGAAGGAGUGAAAGGGCAACAACAGAUAAUCAGGUUAAGACAAAGUAGUGAACUGUUUUUCUGUCCUCUCUCGGAUUUAACUUCAAGCGCAUCCUCGGUGGGAUCUUAAUGGGUCUAACCUUUGACUGGUGACGAAGGCAUCCAGUGGAGUUGAGAAGAGUCUCCCUGCCUGACUGUCACAGAUCCUGGGGAACUUUUCACACGGCCGCCGGCUGCUGGGAAGUCAUCAACGCUGGUGGAAACCUUGACAACCACCCUGCCCUCUCUUUUCUUCUCUCCUAUUCUCCCCCUUCCUCCCCUACUUCUUGCCCCCUUUUCUUUCUUUCUUUCUUUCUUUCUUUCUUUCUUUCUUUCUCUCUCUCUCUCUCUCUCUCUCUCUCUCUCUCUCUCUCUCUCUCUCUCUCUCUCUCUCUCUCUCUCUCUCUCUCUCUCUCUCUCUCUAUUUUCCCUUUUCCCCUCUCCUCUUCCAACCCCCUCAACAGUACCUCUGGGAGGAUCUCAGUGUGGCUGGCAGGACAGAGAUUUUCACCGCCUGCCAAAUGAAGUGAAGGGUAGAGGGGAAAACGAGACAGACAGAGAGAGAGAGAGAGCCCACGACAGAGAGAAAGAAUGAGGGACAUGUGAAGAGGGCAGCAGAAGAGGAGUGACUGCAAACAGUGUGGAGAUGCUCCCCAAACCGACUAAACUCCGGCUGUGAUGAAACAGAAGAGCACUGCAAUGGAAUGACUCCUGAGGUCGUCACCAACACCACCAUCGCCAUGGCGAUAACGGAAUAACAGCGACAUCUCUUUCUUCACUGGAAUUUGAAUUCAAAAGCACCUUACAAAAAAACACAUUGCAUAUUCUUGGAAUACAGAAGCACACAUUGUGCUAUGGAGUGACACUCCCAAAAAAAAGUUCUUCACUGGAGGACUUUCUCUUUCUUUGUAUUUCUUUUCUUUUCUUUUUUGGUUGUAUCUUUUCGUUCCUGUAUUUGUUUUGUUCUUAUGAGCCGCCAGCAUGCCGGCCAAGGGGAAGUACCUGCUGAACGAGCAGGAGCUGAAGCAGGAAGCCCUGUACAGGAAGUUCAGCUGCAUCAGCCAAUACCAGCCUCUCGUGCUGCUGCUGGGCCUCUCCAUGCUCUCCUGCGCCAUCCUCCUCAUCCUCUUCUUCUCCCUCAACCUGAGUGUGCACGAGCACCCGGCCUUUGUGAGCGUGGUGAGCUGUGGGCUGUGCGUGUUCCUGGCGGUGUUCGUGCUGGUGUGUGCGGAGAAGCUGUCCCAGCGCUGCAGGAGGCUGCUGGGCCUGCUGGUCUGGGCAACGCACCUCACCAUGGCCUUCACCUUCGUCUUCAGCAGCAAGCACAUAUGGCCCUGGGACCAAGUGCCAUUCUUCCUCUUCAUCAUAUUCACAGUUUACACCAUGCUGCCGUUUAAGAUGGCCUAUGCAGUCAUCCUCAGCAUCAUUUCCUCUGUGUCCCACAUCAUAGUCAUAAGCCUGAGACUGAGUGUCUUUGACAACUCCUCAUCUCCACACUUAACCAAUCAGAUGCUGUCCAAUGCGGUGAUAUUUCUGUGUGGGAGUGUGGUGGGGGCCUUCCAUAAGAUCUUGAUGGAGAGGGCUCUACGGCAGACCUUCAAGGACACACUGAGCUGCCUCAGUAGCCGCAUGAAGAUGGAGAUUGCCAAGAGGCAGCAGGAGAACCUGUUGCAGUCGGUGCUGCCUGUGUACAUCUCCAUGAAGAUGAAGCUGGCCAUCAUGGAGAGGUUACGGGAGUGCAAGGACAAGGAGGACCAGCAGCGCCUGGUCAAAGACAACAACUUCCACAGCCUGUAUGUCAAGAGGCACGAGAACGUCAGUAUUCUCUAUGCUGAUAUUGUGGGCUUCACUCAACUGGCCAGUGACUGCUCUCCCAAAGAACUGGUGAUCAUGCUGAACGAGCUCUUCGGGAAGUUCGACCAGAUCGCUAAAGAGAAUGACUGCAUGCGAAUUAAGAUUCUCGGGGACUGUUAUUACUGUGUGUCGGGCCUGCCCGUCUCUCUCUCCAAACACGCCAAGAACUGUGUGAAGAUGGGCCUGGACAUGUGCGAGGCUAUCAAGCAGGUGCGUGAGGCAACAGGUGUGGACAUCAACAUGCGCGUGGGCGUCCACUCGGGAAAUGUCCUCUGCGGUGUCAUUGGCCUGCGCAAGUGGCAGUUUGACGUGUGGUCACAUGAUGUCACCUUAGCCAAUCAUAUGGAGUCUGGAGGUUUGCCCGGGCGAGUGCACAUCACAGAGGCCACGCUUAAGCACCUGAACAAGGCUUACGAGGUGGAGGAGGGCAACGGGCACGAGCGCGACCCCUACCUGAAGGAGCUGAACGUGCAGACAUACCUGGUCAUCGACCCUCGCUCCAAGGACCAGGCCAUGAAGCCUCCUCGUGUGAAUGACGGCCUGAAGAUGCGGGCGUCUGUGCGGAUGACGCGCUACCUGGAGUCCUGGGGGGCCGUCAAGCCCUUCGCUCACCUGCAGAGCCGCGAGGGCUUCCCCAUUGGAGACUCAAUGGUCAACGGCAAGACUUCACGCUUCAAGGACAUUCCACUGAGAACACAGCAAUGCCCCAAGAUCACGGAAAGCUUUGAUGAGUCCGUAGAGGAGCCCUUCUCCUUGCCCACCCCUCCGAACAACACCAUGAAAAACAAAUCUCAGAAGAGCAAAUUUGAUGAGGAACUUCACAAUGAGAUGAUCACCACCAUCGACGAGCUCAGCUCCAGCAAGCAGUGGGUCAAAUCAGAGGAGAUCCGCAGCCUCACCAUGUGGUUCACCAAGAAGGACCUGGAGAAGCAGUACAGAGCCAUUGACCUGCCGGGGUUCAAGUACUACAUUGGAUGUGUUGCUUUCAUAUUCCUCUGCGUAUUCCUGGUCCAGAUGUUCGUCACUGGGGACCCUGACCGUCUGGCGAUUGGCUUCGGGGUGCUGGCGUGUGUCCUGCUGCUGACCCUAGCCAUCUGUUUCUCAGGCCAGAUACAGCGCCUCUUCCCGGAGAAACUGGCCUCGUGUCAGUGGCUGCCCGCCGUCUCUGAGGCCGUAGUCAAGAGGCCCUGCGUACGCCUGCCCAUAGCAACCGUCGCCACCGCCAUCAUCAUCAUCAUGGCCCUCUUCAACCUGUGUUUUCUGGCGCCCUCCAUCCCGGCAAAGUGCAGCCCUGAUUUCAACCACAGCAAUGCCACCACUGCAGACACAGACAAAGACAAGACAGAUAUGAGCCUCUACUACCUGCCUUACUCAGUGUACAGCUGUAUCCUGGCGUUGAUAGCGUGUGGUGUGUUCCUGCGUAUGAGUUUUGAGCUGAAGGUGUUGUUCCUGGCUGGGGCCUCUGCUGCCUACUACGUCAUCAUCUUCUACUCCCAGGAGCACCUCUUCACCUGCUACAGCCGCAUGCUCUACCCCAACCACAACAGCAGUUAUGAUUCUAGUGCUAUAGAGGAGUUGGUCCUGAUGGAGGCUGGCCUGGUGAAGCAUCCUCAGCUGAUGAGCUGCAUCUAUAUCACCCUUUUCCUCAUCACCAUGCUGCUCAUCUCUAGACACAAUGAGCACUGCUGCCGGCAGGACUUCCUGCUGAAGAACAAGAACCGCACGGAGCAGGACGAGAUCAUGACGCGCGAGAACCUCAACCGCCUGCUGCUGGAGAACGUGCUGCCCGCACAUGUGGCCGCGCGCUUCGUUGGCGAGAACAAGAAGAACGAGGACCUUUACUACCAGUCCUAUAACUGUGUGUGCGUCAUGUUCGCCUCUGUGCCCGACUUCAAAGAGUUCUACACGGAGUGUGACAUCAACAAGGAGGGCCUGGAGUGUCUGAGACUACUGAACGAGAUCAUCGCGGACUUUGACGAGGUGUUGUCAAAGCCCAAGUUCAGCGGUGUUGAAAAGAUCAAGACUAUUGGCAGCACGUACAUGGCAGCGGCAGGGCUAAGUGCAAGCACUGGACAGGAGAAUAAUGCUGCCAGUAGACCAGACACCACCUAUGCCUCCCAGGAGCGUCAGCAGGCUCAGAUCGGGAACAUGGUGGAGUUUGCCAUCUCCCUGAUGGGGAAGCUGGACGGCAUCAACAGGCACUCUUUCAACAGCUUCCGGCUGCGCGUUGGUAUUAAUCAUGGACCUGUUAUAGCGGGAGUCAUAGGAGCCAGGAAGCCCCAGUAUGACAUCUGGGGGAACACUGUGAACGUGGCCAGCAGAAUGGAGAGCACUGGCGAGCUGGGCAAAAUCCAGGUGACUGAGGAGACGUCGGACGUGCUACAGAAGCUGGGCUACUCAUGCGAGUGCCGGGGCCUCAUCAACGUGAAGGGCAAGGGGGAGCUGAGAACCUUCUUUGUGUGCACAGACAUGAGCAAGCAGGGCAUGGGUCACAGCUGAGGAGCAAGCAGGGCAAUGGGUCACAGCUGAGGGCCUCCAGUGCAGACAAGCCUCCAUACUCCAAGGCAAACGGGAAGAAUCACCACACACUGGACUUCAUUUUGCUUCUUUUUUAUUUAGUGAACUACGCGUUUCGCUUAAUUAAGUACAAUGUGUGGUGAUUCUUCCCGUUUUUCCGUUGGAUUACUGAUAACUGCACUUCACCAGCACCUGGAAACUGGCUGUGCAUAGGAGUUUCAGCCCUGAUGCACUCUUUGCUACAACGUCCCUCUGCCCUCCGCAAAUAGCAAGUGAAGCCGCCUACUACUGCAGACUCCUAACACACACGUACAAGCACAACGGCCACAGAAGCCCUUUGUGGAUCCACGCAGCCUUUUCAUACACACCAAUGGCCUUGAGCAAGGGCCGCUGACAGCUUUUGCCAGGCCAGGGACAAAGUCAUCUAAAAAGGGCCGCUUACCCAAUACAUAUAAUGAAAUAGGGACAUGAAUUCGGGGCCCACUGUCUCCCUGGGCCUGGGACAACGUAGCGGUGCCCUUUUGCCCACCCCACCGCCCCGUUGGCAGGCCUGGCUUUGAGGCUACAGGUCAGGGCUGUGACCAUUGCCACGGCGAUGGCCAAGCUAUGCCGGAUAAAACAUGGAGCCACCCAACAACUCGGCACAUUGACAACAGACUAAGGGUCAGACGGACUGGAUUGUUACAUCAGCAAAGCUGGCUGCUCUUUCACCUUGCAUCUCAAUGCCUGUUUUAAAGCGGUGAGUGGGUGUAAUCAAUUGGCCAUCUUGGACUCCUCACGUUGACAAUGGACUUGGGUCAGACUGGGAGGAUUGGCAUUAAACAUAGCUGUUGCUCUGCAAAUAUGUAUCUCAUUGCUUGGUUUGAAGCAGUGAACACGCACAAUCUACUCACCAUCGUUGAAUUGGCUUGUCGGCAGUGGAUGGACUUAAAGAUUCAAAGUGGAUGUUUUUUGUUUUUUUUUUCAAAAUCUUGCCUCCCUCACCUUAAGGAAAUAACUGGGAACAAACUGGUCUCAACACUGUUUCAUGAUAGAGUAACUUUAGUUGUGAACUUGUCUCACCACAUUCACUCAUAUCUUCAGCGAUCUCUUCAGAUAUUUAUUCAUAUGCCAAAUAUACAUGAACGCUAACCAACAUGCAGCCAUCAGAACAGGGAAAUGGCUGAAGCUUAUAUGUGAUAACUGCAGCAUGCUAUACUUGACCUGGGACCAGGAGAAAAAGGACAUUUUGACCCUUAACAUGGCCAUUGGCUGUGUGAACACACCAUACAAGGACAAAUAAUGUUAUUAAGAGGGAACCCACCCACCCUUCUGCCACGCUGUAAGCAAGUGAAAAUGCCUCUCAUUGCAUCAACUGAAGUGUCUAACUCAAAUGUUGAGUUCCGUUUCCUCCUCUCAUAACUGUUCACGUUUCCUACUCUUUAUUGGUUUGUCGUCUCGCUGCCUUGUCUGAGAAAGUGGACUCCGUGCUGGUCUCGGCAUUCUAUGAGGAAAUUGCUGGUCAAUAAUAGAAAAUAUUGCUUCUGUGUUUCGGCUCUUUCCUAGCCGCGUUUAUUGCUGUGGACAAUUCAAGAGCCAAGGACAAAAUCGAACGUUUCUGUUCUAUUCUAUGUGCCUCUGGGAAAACAUCCAUGUUCUUUGGCUAUAUAUCUUUGAGUGCAAAUGUUUCUUACUGUGCAAUGCUGUGCUGCCUUUUGUGCUUUAAGAGCAGUAGCUUUGAAAAACAUUUGUCUGCCUUUGCCCAACGUUUUUGUAUAGUACAAGUGUAAAAUAAAUAAUUUACAAUCUGG